CAGUAGUGCGCGAGCACGAGAGAAAGAGAGAGAGAAAGAGGGCGCGUGCGAGGGGUUAUUUUCGGAAUUAUAAACAACAACAAAAUGCAGAUUGUUACAGUAUGUCAGAUUGUUUCUGUUGCAUUAUUGGCAUUGACUGUCAACGCAACAGUUUUCUUUCAAGAGCAGUUUCUGGAUGGAGAUGCCUGGAAAAGUCGGUGGGUGAAUUCAGAGCACAAAUCUGAAUACGGGCAGUUUAAACUGACCGCUGGGAACUUUUAUGGAGAUGCUGAGAAAGACCAGGGUUUGCAGACAAGUCAGGAUGCCCGCUUCUAUGCCACCUCUGCCCGCUUUGAGCCCUUCAGCAAUGAGGGCAAAUCUCUGGUGAUCCAGUUCACCGUCAAACACGAGCAGAAGAUCGACUGCGGUGGCGGAUAUGUUAAAAUUUUCCCCGCUGAUCUCAACCAGGCUGAGAUGCAUGGCGACUCCCAGUAUUACAUCAUGUUCGGGCCUGAUAUCUGCGGCUACAGCACUAAGAAGGUUCACGUCAUCUUUAACUACAAAGGGAAAAAUCACCUCAUCAAUAAAGAGAUCAAAUGCAAGGACGAUGAGCUGACUCACUUGUACACAUUGAUUCUGAAUCCGGAUCAGACAUAUGAGGUGAAGAUCGACAAUGACAAGGUGGAGUCCGGCUCUCUGGAGGAGGACUGGGACUUCCUGCCCGCAAAGAAGAUUAAAGACCCCAGCGCCAAGAAACCAGAGGAUUGGGACGACCGUGCCAGGAUCGAUGAUGAGACUGACACCAAACCAGCGGACUGGGAUAAGCCUGAGAAUAUUCCUGAUCCUGAUGCUAAGAAGCCGGAAGACUGGGAUGAAGACAUGGACGGAGAGUGGGAGCCUCCCAUGAUUCCAAACCCAGAGUACAAGGGUGAGUGGAAACCCAAACAGAUUGAUAAUCCAAAUUACAAGGGAGUCUGGGUGCACCCUGAAAUCGACAACCCCGAGUACGCCGCAGAUGACCAGAUCUACAAAUUUGACAACGUCGGAGUCAUCGGCUUGGAUCUCUGGCAGGUCAAGUCUGGCACUAUUUUUGACAACUUCUUCAUCACGGAUGACGUGAAGGCAGCAGAAGAUUUUGGAAGUGAAACGUGGGGUGCUACGAAGGGUCCCGAGAAAAAGAUGAAAGACGAACAGGAUGAGAAGAAACUGAAAGAGGAAGAGGAGAAAAACAAAGAGCAGAGCACCGAAGCUGCUGAUGAGGAGGAGGAGGAAGAUGAAGAAGACUGGGAAGAUGAAGAGGAGACGGACGAGCCGCCGGUGGAGGAAGAAGACGAGGAAGCUCUUCCUAAAGACGAACUUUAAAGCGGGAAUCGGACUCAACGUAUUCCGUUGUUGCCAGGGAAACGGCUGCAGUGCAUUCAUUCUAGAAGUGACUCCCCCCCCCCAGUGGUGAUGUCAUAAAGGGGCAGUUCUCGGAUGGCUUUGUUCACGGUUUAUUUUGAUUGCAUGGGAAAGUGACGGCGAGACGAACGAGUUUGUUCCAUGCAAUGAAAGUGAACCGUUAUUUUGGGGUGAACUGUUCCUUUUAAAGAGACAGGUGUUAUUUUUGUACGGUACCAGAGGUCACAAUAUGGAGUUGUCAUUGAACGUUUGAUGGUCAGAUUACGGUGCCUUUCACGUUUAUAAAUGAACGACUUUUGAUCCUGUAUCGUCACUCUCUCUCUUGAGACUUUCGAGUCCAUGUUGUGUCUCGGUUAUGCUUAGCUGGACUGAAGGAGCUUCAGGAAGUUUAUAUUUGUGUAUGUAAACAAUGUUACUGGUCUGCUAUUACACAAUCGAUGAUAUUGCCCUUUUAUCAAUAAGAGCUGAAUGAGGUCACAGGCUGGAUUUUAAAGGAUGAGUGUUUGUACUGUAGCGCAAAUAUAAUAGAGAAUUACAUGAUGUUCCUUUGGCACCAAAUGCAUUUUUAUUUGUGUCUGCUGCCAUAUGUUUGUUGGGGUUAUGUUGUUAUUAUUAUUAUUAGGUGAUUACCUAAACAGGACUUUCAGUAAAUCUUUAUUUAUUACAAUAGAAAUGUAAUUUAGUUUGAUCUUGCUGGUAACAGUCGUGAAGUCCAUUUGGUGGUGCAAGUCUUCUUUUAUGUGUUACUUGAAGUUAAAUGAGCUAUAUUAAGGGAAGUGAUCAUAUAUUUGCAACACAACAAACGAGUCGUCAACACACCGUGAACGUAAAGUCUCAAACGUUCAAGCUGGAGUCGUUUUGAAAAUCCUUUUUACACGUCGAGAGUUGUAAUUAACGAAUGAAAGUUUUAAUAAAAAUCUUUAUUGUAAACA